AUGAAAUUGACCAUCGCACGCAGUAAUAUAAUUGUGUUACACACACUGGAGGAGGCCGUGAAGCUGCUGGAAGACCUGGUGUCACGCAUCGAGCCCGUGUCGCGCUCGCGCAGCCACGCCACAAGCCUCGCCCGGAGCAGCGUGGGGUUCGGUGCCGCGGCGGCGGCGCUGCUGUCCAGGGACCGGGAGAAGGGCGUCAAGGCCCUGCACGACGCCGUGGGUGCGGACACCAGACGGUUUGUCCAGUCGCAGGGGCCUGAGUUCCACUUCUUGGUCGCUCAUGUCGUCGAAGCUGUGCAGAAGCAGCAUGGCAACGCCGCCGCAAAUACAAGGUCGUAG